GAUCGACACGUCAUAUGAAUGAACGCACACUUCUCACAGAUCGACUGACUGCUGAAUUUAAACCAGAUAGCUACCUCAUUUUCCUUUAAGUCGAGGUUUUGCAGAACCAGACAAAACCAUGUCUAAUUCGGUUAUUUCUGUAAUAUCUCGUUUUGUGGAGGAAUACACGAGCAGCACGCCUAAUAAAUUGAAAGUGGUGGACGCCUAUCUGCUGUAUAUUUUGCUGACAGGAGCGCUACAGUUCCUGUACUGUCUGCUGGUGGGAACUUUCCCGUUCAACAGCUUUCUGUCCGGCUUCAUCUCCUGCGUUGGAGCCUUCGUUCUGGGGGUCUGCCUGCGCAUCCAAAUCAACCCCCAGAACAAAGGCGAUUUCCUGUCUGUAUCUCCCGAGAGAGCCUUUUCCGACUUCCUGUUCGCACACACGGUCCUGCAUCUCGUGGUCAUCAACUUUAUCGGCUGAAAGAGGGCCGGCCCUGUACCUGCCCGUUUCCCCCAGGUGAACAAGAGACGGGAUAACCAGAGACCAAAGUGCCGAAGCCUUUCAGUCAAUCCGGACAAUUGUAAUAUUACACAUCUGUAAUAUCCACUGAGUCACAAAGCAAAACAGCGCCCCCACACUCUGCUGGCAGAAGAAAGUAAGUGCAACUCUGUUCUAAUGAAGAAUAGAAUGCACGCAGCCACACGCGCUACCAGUAAAUGUCUGAGACUCAAACGGAUGCCUUAAUUUUUUAUUUUGUACUUUUUAUACACUUAUACUGGGGUGCAACUGAAAAGUGUUGCAAAUAAAAU